AUGCUUGAUCAACAGAUGUAUUCUGAUUUAUUUAAAAAUUACCAAUAUACAGGUAAUUUAAAGAGAGGAAAAAUUUCAAAAAAAAAUAUUAUCCCUAAUCAUAUUCGUAGACCAGAUUAUGCUAAUAAUAUAAAUGGUAUAUGUUUUGAGGAAGAAGAGAUUAAAGACAGUAAAAAAAUUAAAGUUUUAAAUGAUGAAGAAAUUGAAGGUGUUCGGGUUUCUGCCAAACUAGGAAGAAAAAUUUUAGAUGAAGUAGCUAAGAUGAUAGAUAUUGGCAUUGAGACUAAUGAUAUUGAUCUUCUUGUUCAUGAAAUGUGUAUUGAAAAUGAAUGUUACCCAUCACCAUUGAAUUAUUAUAAAUUUCCAAAGUCAGUUUGUACAUCAGUUAAUGAAGUUAUUUGUCAUGGUAUUCCUGAUGAUUACAAACUUAAAGAGGGAGAUUUAUGUAAUGUUGAUGUUACCGUAUACAAAAAUGGAUUUCAUGGAGAUUUAAAUGAAACUUUUAUUGUUUCAAAACCAUUAAAUGCAGAAGAUGUUCAUCUAGUAUCAACGACAUAUAAAUGUUUAAUGGAAGCAAUAAAAUGUGUCAAACCAGGAGCAAAUUAUAAUGAAAUUGGAAAUAUUAUUCAGAGAGUUGCUGAAGAUGAAAAAUUAAAAACGGUAAAGGAGUAUGAGGGACAUGGAUGUCAUAGACUAUUUCAUACAACACCAAGAAUAAGACAUUAUAGAAAUAAUAAAAAAGGAGUUAUGAAAGUUGGACAUUGUUUUACAAUAGAACCAAUGUUAUGUAUUGGAUCUUCAAAAAGUGUUGAUUGGCCUGAUGACUGGACAGUUGCCACUUUAAAUGGAAAAAAUUCUGCACAAUUUGAGCAAAUGAUUCUUGUUACAGAUGAUGGUCAUGAUAUUUUGACUGAACGAGAUACAAAACGUCCUUGGUUUAUGGAUCAACUAAACCUUUAA